AUGGUUUCAAAAUGUGAUGAAGCCUUGGUGAUGCCUCUCCCUCACAAUGCCUUCACCAGCUCGUCAGUGUUUACCAGUGGGUAUGCUCCUGGAUUCGCCAAACUAAACAAGAGAGGAGGUGCUGGUGGUUGGUCUCCAUUGGACAGUGACCAUUAUCAGUGGCUGCAGGUAGACCUGGGAAGCAGAAAACAGAUCACAGCCAUUGCCACACAAGGCAGAUACAGCAGCUCUGAUUGGACCACGCGUUACCGUCUUCUCUACAGUGACACGGGCAGAAACUGGAAACCGUACCAUCAAGAUGGAAACAUAUGGGCUUUCACCGGAAACUCGAACACGGAGAGCGUUGUUCGUCAUGAUCUGCAGCACGCCGUUGUGGCCCAGUUCUUCCGGAUCAUUCCUUUGGACUGGAGCGAGGAGGGUCGGAUUGGUCUUAGAAUGGAAGUCUACGGCUGCCCAUACUGGGCAGAUGUGAUUUAUUUUGAUGGUCAGGGGGUGAUUCCGUACCGUUUCAAAAUGAAGAAGAUGAAGAUCCUGAAGGACGUGAUCGCGCUGAAGUUCAAGACAUCGGAGAGCGAGGGGGUGAUCCUGCACGGGGAGGGUCAGCAGGGUGACUACAUCACCCUGGAGCUGAGACGAGCCCGCCUGCUCCUGCAGAUAAACCUGGGUAGUAAUCAGUACGGUUCUAUCCUCGGACAUACGUCAGUCACAAGCGGCAGCCUGCUAGAUGACAACCACUGGCACUCUGUGGUGAUUGAAAGGUACAGGAGAAAUGUCAACUUCACCCUGGACCAACACACGCAGCACUUCCGCACCAACGGAGAAUUCGACCAUCUUGACCUUGACUACGAGCUCAGCUUCGGAGGAAUGCCUUACUCCGGGAAACCGGUCUCGGGAGGCAGAAGAAACUUCAAAGGUUGCAUGGAGAGCAUCAACUACAACGGAGACAAUAUAACUGACCUGGCCAGGAGAAAGAAACUGGACACGUCUAGCUUUCGUAACCUUACAUUUUCCUGCGUGGAGUCGCACACAUUCCCUGUGUUCUUCAACGCCACCAGCUUCCUGCAGCUGCCAGGGCGGAGAGAACACAACAUGGUCUCUGUCGGGUUCCAGUUCCGCACGUGGAACCCCAGUGGCCUUCUGCUUUUCAGUGCCUUGGCCGACGGAAUGCUGGAACUGACCCUGACCGAGGGAAAGGUCAGAGCCCACAUCAACAUCACUCAGCAGAGGAACAUGCACAUAGACAUAUCAUCAGGGCUAGGACUUAAUGACGGAGAAUGGCAUGAAGUUCGCUUCCUGGCUAAAGAAAAUUUCGCCAUGCUGACCGUCGACGGCGACGAAGCAUCUGCCGUAAGGACCAACGCCCCCAUUCAAAUCACGACGGGGAGCACCUAUCAUUUUGGAGGUUACUUCCUGCGGACUACGGCUUUCCCGUCUCAGCGUAGUUUUCAGGGCUGCAUGCAGCUCAUUCAUGUGGAUGAUCAGCUGGCUGACCUGCACGCUGUGGAACAGGGCGGAAUCGGAGCCUUUGAAAAUGUCAGCCUGGAUAUGUGUGCCAUUAUAGACAGGUGUAUGCCAAACCACUGUGAACACGGGGGCAGAUGCACUCAGACCUGGGACGGCUUCAGCUGCACCUGUGAUGGUACGGGCUACACCGGAGCAACGUGUCACACAUCUGUGUAUGAGCAGUCAUGUGAAGCUUACAAGCACCUGGGCAGAACCUCAGACACGUACUGGAUUGACCCGGAUGGGAGUGGCCCUUUGGGACCUUUUAAAGUCAACUGUGACAUGACUGAGGACAAGGUGUGGACUACGGUGGGGAAUAACCUGCCUGCUCAGACCUCGGUCACAGGCUCGAGCAGAGAGAGGAGGACAGUGCUCCAACUCAACUACAGCGCCUCCAUGGAGCAGAUCACGGCCAUCACCAACAGCGCCGAACACUGCGAACAACACGUGACCUACGCCUGCCGCAUGUCCCGUCUGCUCAACACACCCGAAGGAACUCCUUACACGUGGUGGGUCGGCCGCGGCAACGAGAAACACUUUUACUGGGGUGGUUCUGGACCUGGGAUCCAAAAAUGCGCCUGUGGAAUCGAGCGCAACUGCACCGACCCGAAAUAUUACUGCAACUGCGACGCCGACCAUAAACAGUGGAGAGAAGAUUCCGGGCUUUUGGUUUAUAAAGACCACUUACCUGUCAACCAGGUUGCUGUCGGCGAUACCAAUCGACCCGGUUCAGAGGCCAAGCUGACAGUUGGCCCUCUGCGUUGCCAAGGAGACCGAAGUUACUGGAAUGCCGCAUCCUUCAACACUCCGUCAUCCUACCUGCAUUUCUCCACCUUCCAAGGAGAAACAAGUGCUGACAUCUCCUUUUACUUCAAAACCUCGGCCCCUUACGGAGUUUUCUUGGAGAACCUAGGCAACACAGACUUUAUUCGCCUUGAACUAAAAUCUCCCACCGUGGUGUCCUUCUCUUUUGACGUCGGUAACGGGCCCGUAGAGCUGACCGUGCGUUCUCCCGCCCCUCUGAAUGACGACCAGUGGCACAGGGUCAGUGCGGAGAGGAACGUGAAAGAGGCCAUCCUUCAACUGGACCAGCAGUACAAAGAAGUCCGGCCCGCGCCCACCCAGGGACACACUCGACUAGAGCUCUAUAGCCAGCUCUACGUGGGGAAACCGGCAUCUUGGGCCUGUCAGGACAGUGCGGCUGGAGGCCAGAGAGGCUUUCUGGGAUGCAUCCGUUCGCUGAAGAUGAACGGCGCGACCCUCGACCUGGAGGAGAGGGCGAAGGUCACCCCGGGGGUGAAACCGGGCUGCUCGGGUCACUGCGCCAGUUUCGAGACGUUGUGCCGAAACGGAGGGAAGUGCGUGGAGAAGUACAACGGUUACUCGUGCGACUGUUCCGGCACAGCCUACGAAGGUCCAUUCUGCACCAAAGAUGUCGGGGGCUUCUUCGAGGCAGGCACUUUGGUCAAGUACAACCUGAUGCCCGAGGUAAUGGCAGCGGCAGCAUCGACCUCGGACACGAAGGGCGUGUCCCAAACCGUUCCCAUGGAGACCAACCUGACCAGAGAGAGCCUGGCUUUCAGUUUCAGCACGUCCACCGCCCCCAGCAUGCUGGUCUACAUAAGCUCCAAAACCCAGGACUACAUGGCUGUGGUUCUGAGACAAAACGGCUCUCUGCAGCUCCGUUAUAACCUGGGAGGACUUAGAGAACCCUUCACCAUCGACCUGGACCAGCGUAACCUGGCCAACGGACAGCCACACAGCGUCAACAUCUCCCGCCUGGACAGGGACAUCCACACACAGUUGGACCACUACCCGCCGGUCUCCUACACUUUGCCUGAGGGCUCUGAUACUCAGUUUGACCGAGUGAAGACUCUCUUUCUGGGAAAGGUGUAUGAGACUGGUCAUAUUGACCCGGUGCUGAUAGAGAAGUACAACACGCCGGGGUUCGUAGGUUGUCUCUCCAGAGUCCAGUUUAACGGCAUCGCUCCCCUGAAGGCGGCUCUCAGGUCCCGCAACCCCGCCCCCGUCUCCCACCAGGGCAAACUGGUCGAGUCCAACUGCGGCACAUCGCCCCUCACCAUCCCACCAAUGUCUGCCGCGACUGACCCCUGGCAUCUGGACGCAGGUGCUGACUUUCCUUUUAACGAGGAGAGAGUAAUUCCCGAUGGAGUCAACAGGAAUUCGGCAAUAAUCGGAGGUAUCAUAGCAGUGGUAAUCUUCACAAUCCUGUGCACUCUAGUGUUCCUGAUUCGUUACAUGUUCCGUCACAAAGGGACGUACCACACAAAUGAGGCCAAGGAGAGAGAGUCAGCCGAAUCGGCAGACGCCGCCAUCAUCGGCACCGACCCCAAUUUCACAGAGACCAUCGACGAGAGCAAGAAAGAGUGGUUCAUCUGA